AUGCGAACGUCAGUCACCAGUUCCUUCUUUCUAGCAGUCUUUGCACUGCUAGGCUCGUCACAUGCUGCAUCCUCGAAUCCAGCAAUCUGUCCUGUCGAACCUGGUGCCACAGUAUCCGAUGCUUGCGCAUCAUACGCCGACCUCGACAACCUCAACACCCGUCUGAAUCCCGCCCUCCACGACCUCGUGUUCAAGACCGAUUUCUUCUCCUACUACCGCUUGAACCUUUACAACAAGAAGUGCCCUUUCUGGUCAGAUGACGAAGGUCUCUGCGGCAACAUUGCCUGCGCUGUCACGACGCUCGAGAACGAAGAAGAUAUUCCGGAGAUCUGGAGAGCUGAAGAACUCAGUAGACUGGAAGGCCCCAAAGCACACCACCCUGGCAAGAAAGAGCAGAGAGAACUAGAGAGACCACUACAAGGAGAGCUCGGCGAGAACGUUGGCGAAAGCUGUGUCGUCGAAUACGACGACGAGUGCGACGAAAGAGACUACUGCGUGCCUGAAGAUGAGAGCGCGAGUGCAAAAGGCGACUAUGUUAGUUUGCUCGACAACCCAGAACGAUUCACCGGAUAUGCUGGCGAAGGCGCUCACCAAAUCUGGGAGGCCAUCUAUCGCGAGAACUGUUUCUCCAAGCCGAGUGCGAACGCACAGAGCCAAGGUGCUGGUGGUCUGGCUCCGCCUUUCGGUGGCUUCUCAGGUAUGCAAGGCCAAGCUGCACAAGACCUCAAAUCUGUCAUGAAAGAGCAUGGCCGCCAAGAAGCCUCGCUGGAAGGCAAGUUUGAGGACAACAUGGAGUUUGAUGAUGAGUGCCUUGAGAAGCGCGUCUUCUACCGAGUCAUCUCUGGAAUGCACGCCUCCAUCUCAACCCAUCUGUGUCACGACUACCUCAACCAAUCCACUGGCAAAUGGGGUCCCAAUCUGCAGUGCUACAAGCAGCGCCUUCACACUCACCCAGAGCGCAUCUCGAAUCUGUACUUCAACUACGCUCUCAUGGCCAGAGCUGCUGGCAAGCUCAAGGAUUACGUCCAAGACUACACUUUCUGUACUGGCGACCCAAAGCAGGAUAAGCGUACAAAGGACAUGGCCUUGAAGGUUGCCAACACCAUACCCGCCGGCCCCGAGAUCUUCGACGAGAGUGUCAUGUUCCAGGAGAACCCACUUGGCGAUACCGGCAUUAGCCUCAAAGAGGACUUCCGCAACCGCUUCCGCAAUGUUAGUCGCAUCAUGGACUGCGUUGGCUGCGACAAAUGCAGGCUCUGGGGCAAGCUCCAGACUGCAGGUUAUGGCACAGCUCUGAAGAUCCUGUUCGAGUUCAACAACGACCAGCCUGCUCCAGCGCUCAGAAGAACCGAGCUGGUUGCCUUCUUCAACACUUUGGACAAGGUCAGUAAUGCCAUCAAGGCGCUUGGUGACUUCCAGCGCAUGUUGGCCGAAGANAAAGGAAUUCCAGCCCCAGAAGCUAUUAUCGAGAAGAAGCAGCAAAAGCAAGAGGUUGCUGAGGAAGACGAACUCGACGACGAUGAUGCUUGGGAGAGGUCCAAGCCGCCACCACUUACUGAAUGGCAAAAGACCAAGGCGGAGGUCUAUCUGGUAUGGUCGGUCACCAAGUUUGUCCUGAAGAGCUGGAUUGAGAUCCCUCAAACACUUUUCAUCAUCCUCAUCACAGAGCUAGCCAGAUUGUGGCAACGUUGGCUGGGUCUUGAGAUCACACCACGUUCAUGGGAGUUCCGCCUGCCCACUACAGAUGAGCUAUAG